UUUUUUAGGGCCAAAACACGGGACCGCGGCUGCUAAGCUAUCACAUAGUACGAUGACUAGUCCAUUGACAUGGGUACCUUAGGAGUUGUGUCCCUUUCCCCGGAAGUUAGGACGGAAUUUGACCGCCAGAAUAAUUGACGAGGUCUCUCACAAAUAACCUUCGCAAGUAGUCACUACCCGACCGUUGGCGUCAACCUUGCAAAUCCUUUGCUAAUGGAAACCCUGGUCCCGUAAGAAAAUCUCGGAGGUGUCUCUGAAACCCAGGCCUUGGUCAUGAGCUCCAGCCGGACAAGUGCCGAGGCACCUCAACGUUCGUAGUAGUGGUCAGUCAACACUACAGACACAAGCAUUUAGGCAAUACGCCGGAUGGCUGCACCUAUCGGCCUCAAUUGGAAUUCGACUCCUCCAGACCCUGAGAAUACAGAAGUGGACCCAAAUAUAACUGCAGGUUUGACCAAGACCUGAUCUAUCUAUCAUCUUGUGCGAUACAUAUGUACAUACAUAGUACUUGUUCCGUACAGACGUACAUUAUCAGACCGAUGCCCUAUAUCCUCGGUCGAGGCUUCGAUGGAUCUUCUAAAACGGCUAUGGAACGCUCCACGACGGAGCGAGUGGUCCUUCGCGAGCCAAAGUCCACUGAUGUGCCUCCUGUGGGGACCUUUUUUGAUAAAGAGCUCACGGGGAAUUGGGCCGCAUGGCCGAAAUGAGUAUGAACGUCAUGAUCGCCUUGGCUUUAAACGAGCGCCCUCGGUUCCAUUGAACCACCCGGGAGCGGGUCAAAAUGGCUACUAAAAAUGAUUAGGAUUGUUCUUUCAACCCACUAGAAGCCACGUCGAGCAAAACCAUGUGUGACCCAAGAUUGGGACACACAAUGUUUUGAUUCAUCUCCACUCGAGGGCGGGUCCAUAACAACAACAAAACACUACCCGACUGCUUUACUGGGCAACUCUAUUAAAAAACAACAAAAAAAAAAAAAAAGGAAAA